GGCGUUUGAGCUACUGGUCAUCGCGGUUUUUUCCGAGUGCGCCAUUUUGGCUCCUGAGCGAGACGCGUCGUGUGAUUGGGCUCCAGACGCCGCUAUCGGAGCCAAUCAGAGGUGCAUCGCGCGGCGGCGCAGACGGGAGACGGAGUUUAAAAAAAAAUUACAGAAGCAUUCAAUUGUAAACAUUGUCUUUGAGAAAAAGUAUCAAACUUCAGUUCCGUGCUGAUCUCAUAACUCAUAACCCACAGCAGUCAGACGGCAAACAUGGAGCAGUACACCACCACCACGACAAAUAAUGGAGAGCAGAUAGUGGUGCAGGCCAGCAGUGGACAGAUCCAACAACAGGGUACAGUGACUGCGGUGCAGUUGCAGACUGAGCCUCAGGUAGGCCAGACUGCAGCCCAGCAGGUCCUUCAGGUAGUCCAAGGGCAGCCUCUUAUGGUACAAGUCAGUGGGGGUCAGCUCAUCACUUCCUCUGGGCAGCCCAUAAUGGUACAGGCCAUGACAGGAGGACAAGGUCAAACCAUCAUGCAAGUACCGGUAUCUGGUACACAGGGGCUGCAGCAGAUUCAAUUGGUACAGCCCAGUCAAAUCCAGCUUCCUGGUGGACAGACAUUACAGCUACAGGGUCAGCAGGGACAGACCCAACAGAUCAUCAUUCAACAGCCACAGACCGGAGUCACUGCGGGACAGAACCAGGGUCAGCAGCAGAUCACUGUACAGGGCCAGCAUGUGGCUCAAACCGCUGAAGGACAGACCAUCGUUUACCAGCCUGUUAAUGCGGACGGGACCAUCCUACAGCAGGGAAUGAUCACCAUUCCAGCUGCAUCUUUAGCAGGAGCUCAGUUAGUCUCAGCUGGAUCCAACACAAACACCACCAACACCGGUCAGGGCACGGUGACCGUCACUCUUCCCAUGGCAGGAAACAUGGUCAAUGCUGGAGGAAUGGUCAUGAUGGUCCCAGGGGGUGGUGGGUCAGUUCCCACCAUGCAGCGCAUUCCUCUUCCUGGAGCAGAGAUGCUGGAGGAGGAACCUCUCUACGUCAACGCUAAACAGUAUCACAGGAUCCUCAAGAGGAGACAAGCCCGUGCCAAACUAGAAGCUGAGGGCAAAAUACCAAAAGAGAGAAGAAAAUACCUGCACGAGUCCCGUCAUCGUCAUGCCAUGGCCAGGAAGCGUGGAGACGGUGGGCGUUUCUUCUCUCCGAAGGAAAGGGAAGAAAUGGCCAUGCAGGCCCUUAAGGUGAGCGAGGGGCUUGAGCUCAGCUGUCAUUGGCCAGCCACCUCUGCCCCGCCUCUGGGGUAAACUAUCGAAUCCCAGCCUGUGUCCGACCCGAGAGACUGUAUGCACCUAAUUUAAUUUAGACCAUCCAUACCCUGCGGCUCUGUGUCUGAGCUACCUCAUGCGUCUUUGGCACACUCAUGUCCAAACUGUCUCUGUCUGUGAGUUAACUGACAUUUCCAUCCAGUUAAACUGAACAUGCAUACUAAGAUCUUAGUAUAUAUGUUCUAGCAUAUAGUAUACAAUGUACAGAUGAAACCCCAUGUUUGUAACUUCUAUGCUGCCUUGUAGCAGUUUUACUACUUCUAAUAAAUCCAUUAUUAGGUGCAUAUCUUUAUCUGCAGUAUAUUUGAACUCUGGUGAUUGGAAGUGGCUUCUUUCAAAAAGCUUCAGUUGUAAACAUGGGUGAUUAGCACAUUUUAUCCUGUCACUGUUAAAGGUUUCUUAUCUUAAAUGUCUGACUGCCACUUAAAAAGGAAAUCUUCAGCCUUGACGUCUUUGUUCUGUCUGCAUUUCUGCUGUUUGUCCUACCAUGCUGUAUUUCUACCCAGACUGCUUGUGAUACUCACUGGAUGCUGCGAUGCUUUAAGCGGUGUUUAUUUCUCCUUUUUAUCAUCUUACUGGUAUGAAUAGCCAUUCAAAAUGAUCUGUUUUCAUUUGUGAUGUAUGGCUUGGCUUGCACCCUUCAAUGCUCUUCUGUCUUUGCCUAGAGCUGUGGCUUUACUAUUGCUUUUGCCAUUUUAUGUUUCUUACAGUGGGCUGUAUGUGGGCUCUUGUUUGCAUUUCUGUUUGUUACUUGAUGAUAUAUAUGCCCUUUUUAUGCAAAUAAACCUUUGUUCAUGUCU